AUGGCGGCGCCCUGCCUGGGCCCCGCGCGGGUGAGUGGCCGAGGGGCGCUGGGGACGGACCCUCCGGGGCCCCCGGCUCGUGCGUCGCUGCCGCGGCUCGGCUCCGGCGGGUGGGCUCGCAGGCGUGCCGGGGGGUCGCACCUGCCUCUGCCCAGGGGCCCCCUGCGGCCUCGCUCCUGCCUCGCGCCUGCCUCUGCCCAGGGGCCCCCUGCGGCCUCGCUCCUGCCUCGCACCUGCCUCUGCCCAGGGGCCCCCUGCGGCCUCGCUCCUGCCUCGCACCUGCGGCCCCUGCGGCCUCGCUCCUGCCUCGCACCUGCCUCUGCCCAGGGGCCUCCCUCCCUGCCUUUGGCUGUGACCUUCCAUGACGUGGCUGUGACUUUCACCCAGGAGGAGUGGGAGCAGCUGGGCCCAGCGGAGAGAACUCUGUAUCAGGAGGUGAUGCUGGAGAACUGUCGGCUCCUGCUGUCCCUGGGGUGUCCUGUGCCCAAACUCAACCUAGUCUACCAUCUGGAACACUGGCAGGAACUAUGGAGAGUGAAGAAAGACCUCUCCCAGAAUUUCUGUUCAGGUGACAAAGGAAAUCUUCAGGUCACAGAACUUAGUAUUUAUGAGCCAGCCCUGCCUGAGGAAGCCUCAUUCCAGGAAGAGUUGAGCCAAGGAGCCCCAGGGGACUCUCAGAUAUGUCCAGCCACUGAUCAGGAUGGAGAAUCAGAGAUGCCAGGAGGAUACGUUAGGACAGAGCGAGACCCUUCAACAAAGAUGCUCCCUGAACGGGACUGCUCAACAGCUGAAGGUGUUUGUGUGGGGACCGGACAGGAGCCAUUCUGUGUCAGAGGUGCUGUCCUGAAACGUAAACCCUGGAAGUCAAGAAAAGGCCCUGUGAUCCAGGAAGAGGAAAACGUCUUCCAAUGUAAUGAAUGUGGGAGAGUUUUUAACAAAAAACGCCUCCUUGCUCGACACGAGAGGAUCCAUUCUGGAGUAAAGCCCUAUGAAUGCACCGAGUGUGGGAAAACCUUCAGUAAGAGCACUUACCUUCUUCAGCACCACAUGGUCCAUACAGGAGAAAAGCCCUAUAAGUGCAUGGAAUGCGGGAAGGCCUUCAACCGCAAGUCACACCUUACACAGCACCAGAGGAUUCACAGUGGAGAGAAGCCUUACAAGUGCACUGAGUGUGGAAAGGCCUUCACGCACCGCUCCACUUUUGUCUUGCACAACAGGAGCCACACUGGGGAAAAACCGUUUGUGUGCAAAGAGUGUGGGAAAGCCUUUCGAGAUAGACCGGGUUUUAUUCGCCACUACGUCAUCCACAGUGGCGAGAAUCCCUACGAGUGCUUUGAGUGUGGCAAGGUCUUCAAGCACAGGUCCUACCUGAUGUGGCACCAGCAGAGUCACACUGGGGAGAAGCCCUACGAGUGCAGCGAGUGUGGGAAAGCCUUCUGCGAGAGCGCGGCCCUCAUCCACCACUACGUCAUCCACACCGGGGAGAAGCCCUUUGAGUGCGCGGAGUGUGGCAAGGCCUUCAACCACCGGUCGUACCUCAAGAGACACCAGCGGAUCCACACUGGGGAGAAGCCCUACGUGUGCUCCGACUGUGGCAGGGCCUUCACGCACUGCUCCACCUUCAUCCUGCAUAAGAGGGCCCACACGGGGGAAAAGCCCUUCGAGUGCAAGGAGUGUGGGAAAGCCUUUAGUAAUCGAGCAGACCUCAUCCGGCACUUCAGCAUCCACACCGGGGAGAAGCCCUUCGAGUGCGCGGAGUGUGGGAAGGCCUUCAACCGCAGGUCGGGCCUCACGCGGCACCAGCGCAUCCACAGCGGAGAGAAGCCCUAUGAGUGCGGGGAGUGUGGGAAAUCCUUCUGCUGGAGCACGAACCUCAUCCGCCACUCUGUCAUCCACACUGGUGAGAAGCCCUAUGAAUGUGGUGAGUGUGGAAAGGCCUUCAGCAGAAGCUCUUCUCUCACGCAGCAUCAGCGGGUUCACACUGGGAGAAACCCUGUCAGGGUUACAGACAUGAAAGUGUCUGAUUUGGGUGGGCCAACCUCGGAUGACCUCCAGGAACUCCUAGGCGGGAAAGACUUUUUGGAUAUAAGCACUGAGGACAAACUUUUGCCAGAGAGCACUUCUUCCACAGAAUCUGAUCGUUGAUGACAGAAAAACUCCGAAGUUUCCUCCCUGUGAGAAAAGUUUCUUGCAAGAUAUCUUUUGUCAUCCAAAGAAUAGUGUUGGAAAUUGACCCUGCUUUAAUAUCUGAACUUCAUCCAGGAAAAAGAAACUGUUUAUUUUGC